GAUACCUAAAUUUUUUUAUAUAUUUUUGAAUAAUGAGAUAUACUACUUCAUUCAUAGGUUUAUGUUUUCUCAUAUUCCUCCUUAAAAACCUUGUUAAUGGAGGAUUGAUACGAGAAUGUGACUAUACUAUGGAGGGUUAUGGACCAUGUGGGCCUAACGGACGUAGCUUAUGUUUAGACACAUUUUGGAAAACUCCCCCUUCUCCCGGAUUAUCUAAGAACUUGGAGGGUUGCAGAUGUGAAGACCGUGGCAAGAGGCCGCCAAUAUUCACGGGGCUAUCUCAUACGUGUAGGUGUUGUUGGAGUUAUGGGGGUGGUUCGGAUGAUUGAGGAAUUACCACAAUCUUGAAACUACAUCGUUGUUAGUUUUGUUGUUGACUAGGUAAAUAAGGUGAAGUUGUAAGAACUGAGUCAUGCUUGAUUAGUUUGCUUUGUUAUCCUUGUAUUUCUUAAUUUUAAUUUCUUGUAAGGAUAUAUAAAC